GAGCGCGGCCCCGCCCCCACGCGCUGUUCCCGCGCGGUGCCGCCGAGCGGAUCGGCCGCGAUGUCCGGCCCGGCCCAGGAGCCCGACAGCGGAGCAGAGUCCCUCUCCUCGGAUGAAAAAGAGAUGACACCCAACGGCAUGGAGGGAUCGGGAUCGGGAUCGGGAUCGGCCGAGGAGCACCCGGAGGGAGAGGCCAGUUCCGAAGGCAGCUCCAGCAGCGGCUCGGAAGAGGAGUCAGAUGCCGAGGAGUGGCAUGGAGGCAGGCUGGAGGAAGAACAGGAGGAGAAGGAAUCCCCACCUCACUGCAAUGAGUCAGGAGGGAGCUGCUUGCCACCCUGUGAGCACUGCAGGAGUGAAAAUGACCAGAAGGAGCAGGUGACCCCCAGGAGACUUGCUGGAGGACAAUUUAUGGCGCUGCUGGAUGCAGAGGGCUCCUACCAGUGCAGCAUCACUGGGCUCAUUUUCGAGGUGACAGGCGCCGCCAGGAUCACGUAUUCCCUGUUAUCCUGGAGCAAGUACGCCCAGCUGGUGGAAAAGCCCUGGAUCGUGGGCGGGCCCCUGUUCGACGUGCGCUGCGACGCGCCCGGCGCGCUCAGCUCCAUCCAGUUCCCGCACUGCCUCUGCCUGGGGGAUCACGGCGCUGGCGUGGCCUUCAAGGUGCUGCACAUCAAGAGCGGGGGCGCAGCCAUCGAGCCCUCGGCCGAGUUCUCGGCGUCGCACGUCAAGUGGGUGGUGAGCUCCCUGUCCCCCGUGGGACCCCUGAUCCAGAGCCAGCAGCCCCUGCAGUACCACGGGGCCGUCAUCCUCUACAAAGCCAUCGAUGAGCACCCCUCCCUGUCCUUCUGGGUCUACGUGGCCACCAACAACGACUCCUUCAUAAAGGACAUCUCAAAAGCUGUGAAGCACUCAAAUAAGAAAUUUGUUAAAAUUGACAAGCCCGCCGUGUGCCAAAAAUUACUGCAGGAAGGAAAGAAGUACAGAUUGAUCUGUGAGCCAGAAGCUGAAAUAACUCCUGAGGAGAUUGAAUUUGUUGAUGGAUCACUCUUGAAGCUGAAGAGUUACUUUGAAGUGUACUUGGAGAAGCCUGAUGACUUCACCAUGUCCCUGGUGGAGCAGGACUCGGAUGAGACCGUCUGGAAAGCCAAACUCCGAGAGAGGGAUUGGAUCCAUUAUGACCAGAACAAGAACGAGCAGAGGAGGAGCACAGCCAGUGUGAAGAAGCGGAAGCCAGCCCUCAGCAUCCUGGAGGAAGAGGGGCUCCACAGCAAAAAGCAGAAGACUGGUGGCACUGCAGAUGGAACGGGCACAAAAAGCUUAACGGACCAACAGCUGCUGGCGAUCGCCAAGCUCCUGGACCGGCACUGGAGGGAGGUCGCCAUCGAGUGUCUCCAGAUGGAGAUGAAGGACAUCGAGAACAUCCAGGCCAUGGAGAAGGACGUGAACAUGCAGAAAUUCCUGGUGCUGAGGAAGUGGAGAGACAGGGAGCAGGGCAAUGGAUCUGCAGAGGCUUUGCAGAGAAGCCUCGGGGAAAAAGCGACCUACGAGAUCCUGCAGACGCUGCAAGGUUUCUCGGCUCAGAGCUGAGCCAGCUGAAGGAGGAGGAGGGAGGGAGCUUCCCAAUCCAACCAUUCUGCUCCUCUGGAAUCCUGCUGGGAUUCAGGGAGGUUCAGGGCAUCACCACUCAGGCAGGAUCCUCCAGGGAAACGUGAAUGGAAUUUUGUGUAGAUAGAAGCCACUUCCAAGACCUUCAGGAGAGGUGGAUCCCGGAAUUCCGGGCUUCACCCACAGGGAAAGACACGAACACUGGAAAAAACCAAUUUGUCUUUUUCAUCACUUGGGAAAGGUUUUUGUUUCCAUCAGGGAAAAACAGGGAGAAAAAUCACCCUGGAAACUUUCAUCCCCUUCCAAAAAACAUGGAACUGCCAGAAUCGUGAGGUGCAUCGGAUUUCUCAUGGAUCAGGGAAGAAUGAUCCUAAACUUGCCACAAAUUCCUUUGGAUAAUCACUGUAUAUGUGGAAUUAUUGUGCAUAUCCUGUACAUUCAGUCCUUGUUAAGCUAUGCUUCUGUUUCCUAAAAUUUCCAAAGAAGGGGAACACCACUCUGAACUCCAGGCAGCUCGGAAUUUCCCCCUGGAAUUUCUUCUCCCCUCUUUUCUGUAUAGUUUGUCUCCAUUUUUUACGUUGUAUAAUUCUUUUUUGUAUGAGCAACUUUUUAUACUUCUUUUUUUUACUUGAUUUAUCGGAACUUGACUAGAAUUUAGGUGCUGAAAAUGGGAGGAGCCCAAAUCCCUGUGCUACAGGAUCAGAAAAAAAUUGGGGAAAAUGGUAUUUGCAGAAGAGAGGAGGAAGCAGAUCAAGGAUUGUCUUGUUUUUAAGGCCGUGGGAUACUUGGGAUCAUCUUCCUCUGUGUAUGUUUGGGAAAGGAAAACAUACUUUUAAAAAAGAAAGAUUAAAACAGGAAAAAUUUCCAUUA